AAACCGGUGCGUUUCAUCUGAGACCUUUUCUCUUCAAAUUUUCAAGAUCCCAUUUUUCCAUUCGAUUUCUCUUCAGUCUUGAUCAAAACAUUCAGCCUGUAAGAAUAAGAGAAAGAGAAAUGGAUCCGAAUUCAGUUAAAUCAACAUUGUCCAAUUUAGCAUUUGGGAAUGUGAUGGCAGCUGCUGCUCGUGACUAUAAAAAGGAGCUGCUUGCCCAAGAGAUGGCACAGUCAUCAACUUCAGUCAACCAGGAGGUUGACCUUGAUGAGUUGAUGGAUGAUCCUGAGCUGGAAAAACUGCAUGCUGACAGGAUUGCCGCUCUCAAGAAAGAAGCUGAGAAGCGAGAAGCAUUAAAGAGGCAAGGGCAUGGAGAGUACAGGGAGAUUAGUGAAGGAGAUUUCUUGGGCGAAGUCACUGGAAGUGAGAAAGUGAUUUGCCAUUUCUACCAUAAGGAGUUCUAUCGAUGCAAGAUAAUGGAUAAGCAUUUGAAAGCUCUUGCACCUAAGCAUCUGGAUACAAAGUUCAUCAAGCUGGAUGCUGAGAAUGCACCUUUCUUUGUUACCAAACUUGCAGUCAAAACUUUGCCUUGUGUUAUAAUUUUCAGAAAAGGGAUUGCAGUAGAUAGGUUGGUUGGGUUUCAAGAUCUUGGAGGGAAAGAUGAUUUUGCUACCAGGACGCUUGAGGUUGUACUGAUAAAGAAAGGUGUAAUCAGUGAGAAGAAAAAUGAUGAAGAUGAUGAAGACGACGGUUAUGAUGAGAGUAGGCGCAAGACAGUGAGAUCUUCUGCAAAUCAUGAUUCUGAUUCUGACUGAAAGUGAAAAAGAAAACAAAAGGAAAUUGCUGUUUUCUAUUGGGUUAUCUGUUGUUUUGCAAAUGUAUUUGUGUGUAUGGUGAUUGCAAAUUAAUUUUUGGUUCCUUAUCUCAAGAAGUUCAGGUUGCACGCCCAGAAUUAAAUAGGAAUAUGGUCAUAUCAGCUGCUAAUCUCUAGUAAUUACAAAGUGUCUUGGGUUGGUACUGAAGUUCCGCCAUCAUGGCAUGAUUCUGCAAGUUCGAAGUUUGAAUUGUAUCAAAAAAGACAGCGAACCUUGAGGAACAAGGCAUUGAUGUAUGGUUGUACUAUUUAUUUGAUAUUCAAAUGUUGCAGUAACUUACAGCUAGUUCUUAGCAUUCCAUCUGUGAAUGAUUUGCACAGGAGGAAAUUUAAUGAACUUGCAGCUAGCUCAUAAUUUGCUGUAUUCUAUUGGCAGAUGAGGUGUAUGUGUCACAUGCCUAAUUGUGCACAGACCAUGACAUUUGGACAGCCAUGACUGCAAUUUUAGGUUUAUUAGUUGUUACGGUUCUUUGACCAAUCUUUAGGCAAUGAUCUAUUUUGGACCCUUUCCGCCCUCCUCGUAUUGCCAUUGA